UUCCCUCUACUCUGCCAUCCUCCGUCAUGGAAACCCAUAAGGAUCUUCAGGAGUUUCAGAACCAUCAUACAAACCCUAAAACUACUGGUUUUGAAGUUGAAUCUAAUAUUUCAUUUCGUGAAUCAUGGCCUCAAAUCCAAGCUCUUCUUCGCCAACUGAUACACAAAGAAGUGGAGAAAGAAGUGGAGAGGAAGAUUCAUGCUCUGUUUCCUUCCCUUCCAUCAUCACCAAGGUGUUUUGCUUCUCCCAAAGAAGCAAUUGUUGGGCUUGGAACAGUGAAGGAAUUUGAAGCUGAAUUUAGUGAUAUCAUGGAUUUAAACAAGCAUUAUUUGGUUGAAAAUGAUGCCAUGGAAGGUGGAGCUAAUGAAGAGAAUGUGGAAAUUGAUGAGAAAACUUCACAAAUAUGAUUAUUGGUUUCUUUCUUUCUUUUUUUUUUUUUUUUUGGAAUUUAAUUAAUCUUUCAUGUUCAAGAAACCAAAGGCCCAACUCCUAAAAUAUUUGUAGAAGUGUUACUUUUAGUCUCCAAAUCUUAAAUUCUGCAUGUUUUCAUACCCUUUGAGGUUUCAAAUUUUUAUGUUUCUGAUCCUUGUUGUUAGUGAUUUUUAACAUUUAAUGGUCGUA